AUGCAGGCCUCCACGAUCAAGAACAAGUUGACCGUGAAUGCCAUCACGAAGGACCUCCUGAGUGAUAAUCCCUCUCAGGCUGAAAUCGACGACUGGUUCUCCGAAGUGACUGAUGAUCCAACACCUCCCAAACAACUGUCAGAGCGCCAUCGUGAUGAUAGCAGCGACUUUGACGAGGAGUUAGACCAAACCGACUCGCCUGUGUCUGUUAAGCACACCUCAAAGCUGACUUUCACAGACUGUCAUUGUCGCCGUGAAUAUUUUGUGAGGGAAGCACGUGACGCCACAACCAAAUCCCCGAUCUACUUAUCAGAAAUAUUGAAGGAUGCCUUGAAUCCGAAAAAAAGGAAAUCCUACUGA